ACUACCACCACAGCAGCUGCACUCCUCGCCCCUGCGCUGCCGCAACCCUCUCUCUCCGCUGCGCCCGCGUCCGUCUGAGUCGCGCCGCUGCGUAACCCCCUCCUCCCAGCAUGUCGACCGCCGCCGACGCGCCUGCCGCUCCGGCUGCGGGCCCGGCGAGCGACGUGCCCGCUGCCGAGCCCGAGCAGCAGCAGCCGGCCGCCGAGCCGCAAGCCGAUGCCGAGCAGGACGCUGCUGAGGAGCUCGACCCCGAGCUGCAGGCGUUCGAGCUGGCACUGCACCUACCCGCGCGGCCACUGCUGCCCACGGGCGACGCCGCCGCCGGGCUGCCCGAGGUGCCGUCGCCGCUGCGUGUGGCCGUGACGGCGCAGGAGACGCUCAACGACCUGCGCCUCACCAUCACCGACAGCCCCGAGGGCUACUGGCUCGGCGCCUUCUGCUUCCGCCGCGCACCCGCAGCGCAGAGCGGCAGCAAGGCCAACGGCGCCGCCCGCAACGGCGCACAGGAGCUGGGAGAGCGCGUGCCCGAGUGGGUCGAGCUGCGCGAGGUGUUCAAGGACGUGCCGCGCGAGCAGCGCGAGCUCCACGUCGCCCACGUCCACUUCAACGAGGCCGAUGCGCGUGCCCACGUGCAGCGCCUGCGCGAGCUGCUCUCGGGCGGCCAGGCGGAUCCGUCGUCGCUCGGCGUCGACGGCGGCAUCAGCGUGCACGACGCCGUGAAGAACCCCGAGCUGUGGCACCGCGAGGCGGCGGCCUCGGCGUCGGGCGCCGCAGCCCAGAAGGGCAAGGCGAGCAAGGCGCAGCUGGCGCAGCAGUCGGCCGCCGAGGAGGCAGCGCAGGCGCAGUACAAGACGCCCUUCCUUGACUGGAGCGGCUGGGCGGCGAGCCCCAUGUCGAGCCUGAUCCCUGAGCAGGCUCGGGCACCGCGCGCCUUUGCGCCAUGCCUGCGCACGCUGGCCGUGGCGCCAUGGAACCCGCCGCCGCACUACCUGCGCAUUCAGGGCCACCUGCUCUACCUGCACGUCGCCACGCUCGAGGGCGAGCACAUCUUCAUCACCGCCACGACGCACGGCUUCUACAUCAACCGCUCCACCUCCUUCACCUUUGACCCGUCGCCGCGCGACGAGCCGUACUACUCGUGCAGCCUGUUCGACAUUCUCUGCGGCUACUCGAAGCUCUUCCUCGCCAACUUUGCGCGCCUUUUCCAGGACCCCGUCUCGCAGCGCGACUACUACGCCGUCGUGCCGAUCGCCAACUGCCUGCCGGCGCACCCGUGGCUGGCGCGCGUGCAUGCGCACACGCCCGAUGCGCUGCGCUCGCAGGCGGCCUUCCUGCUCACCGGCGCCACGUCGCCCGACACGCUCGAGGGCACGCGCGACUGGAAUGACGAGCUGCAGAGCACGCGCGAGCUGCCGCGCGCCACGCUUGCCGAGCGUCUGGUGCGCGACCGCGUGCUGAACCGCGCCUACGCCGAGUUCACGCUGGCCGCCGUGCGUGCCGUGCCGCGCGUCGCUGGCGGCGAGGUGCAGGCGAUGAACCCGAUGGACCGGCCCGAUGCGCGCAUGUACCUCUGCAACAACCUCUUCCUCAGCAAGGGCGCCGACGGCGUCGACAUCUACCCGCACAUGGGCGGCGACGAGGCGGCGCACGUCGCCGUCAGCAAGGACCUGCACGGCAUCCGCGCGCUCAGCAACCUCGACGUCGAGGGCCUCUGCCUGCUGGGCACCGUCGUUGUCGACUGGAAGGGCGAGCGCUGGGUCGCACAGAGCGUCGUGCCCGGCCUCUUCCGGAGGCGGGACGAGGACGAGCUGGAGGAGGGCGCCGAGAGCAAGCCCAAGGCCGAGUCCGCUGCCGCUACCGAGCCGGCCGGCGCACUCGGCAAGAUCGACCCCAAGGAGGACACGCAGGUAGUGUACGGCGGCGUCGAGGGUCCCGAGGUGAUCCGCACCGACGCCAGCUUCCACAAGCUCUUUGGCAAGGUCGCCGAGGCGCUCCACCUGGCGCGCCACGAGGUGCCCGACGCCGAGGGCGAGAAGAAGGACCUCUGGCUCAGCGUCGACUCCAAGGGCCUGCGCGGCGCCGACGGGCGCAAGUACGCGCUUGACCUGGCGCGCCUUAACCCCGUCGACAUCGAGUGGCUGGAGCGUGACAUCGACGGCCCGCUCGUCACUGGCGACGCGGCUUCAGCACCCGGCGCAUACCCGCACCGCAUGACGCUGCUGCGCCAGGAGCUGCUUGAGGUGUACUACGACGCCGAGUUCCGCAAGUGGGCGCGCGAGCAGCUCGCGGCGCGCACCGCUGAGAACGAGGCAAAGGCAGAGGCAGAGAAGCCUGCUGCCGACGCCGAGGCGAAGGAAGGCGAGGAGAAGGCAGAGGCUGCUGCGGAUGCCGGCGAGGCGGAGGCCAGCACCAAGGCGCCCGAGCCGACGAUUGACCCCUCGCAGUUCAAGCUGGCGUUCAACCCCGACGCCUUUGUCGAGUUUAAGGGCGUCGCGGCCGAUGCGCCGGCCAAGGCGCUCAUCACCGACGAGUCGGAGCCUUCGGUGGCGGCUGUGCGCGCCGCCGCGCGCUACCUGCGCGAUGCAGCCAUCCCGCGCCUCGUCACCGACGUCGCCAGCGGCCUCUUCGCUGCGCAGGACGGCUCGACGCUGACGCGGCAGCUGCACGUGCGCGGCAUCAACGUGCGCUACCUCGGCUACGUGGCGCAGCUCUGCGAGCCGGAGAACAAGGACAAGCUUGACCAGAACAUGCUCAGCAAGGCCGGCCCCGGCUACGAGGGCUUUGUUGCCGCCUUCAAGCGCAUUGCCGUGCAGGAGAUGGCGCUGCGUGCCAGCAAGCGCCUGCUGCGCUCCAACCUGGCCGCCGUCGGUGCUGCAGAGGCGCCGGCGUGCGUCUCGCACUUCCUCAACUGCCUGCUCGGCUCGGCACGAGAAGCGCAGCCGACGGCCGUCUGGACGCGCUCGCCGCUGUCGACGAGCAACGAGACGCCGGCGUGGACGGCGCUGACGCCCGAGAGCGUCGUCGAGAGCGUGCGCUUCGAGGUGCGCCGCCGCUACCGCUACGAGCUGCCCGAGGCCUUCUUCAGCAGCGAGUUGCGCAAGCCGCAGCUGCUGCGUGAGCUGGCGCAGCGCUGCGGCCUGCAGCUCAAGCUGCAGGACUACAGCUUCGACGCCGCACCGGUGCAGAACGGCACCUCCGCCGACGAGUCGACGGGCGGCGAGGGCAGUGCUGCUGCCACGGUGGCGCUCUCGGCCAGCGCCGCGGCCAACGGCGUGCAGAAGAAGAAGAAGAAGGGCUCCAACAGCGCUGCGCCGCCAAAAGCUCGUCGCGUCGAGCGCAAGCCGCGCACGACGACGUUCGAGCCCGAGGACGUGCUGCACCUGCUGCCCGUCGUCAAGGACUCGACGCCAAAGAGCUCGCUUGCCGAGGAGGCCUUCGAGGCCGGCCGCAUCAGUGUCGGCCGCGGCGACCGUGCCAUGGGCGUCGAGCUGCUGAUGGAGGGCAUGGGCUUCCACGAGCAGGUUUACAGCCUCGUGCACCCCGAGGUCGCGCGCUGCUACUCGCUCUUCGCCACCAUCGUGCACCACUUUGCCAGCCUGCAGGCUGUCGAGCACGACCAGCGCGUGCGCCUGGCGCAGCUCGAGGGCAAGGAGCCGCCGGCGGCGCCCGAGCCGCACGAGACGCUCAGCCUCGCCAAUGCCGUGCGCUACCAGCGGCAGGCCGUGACGCUCUCGGAGCGCACGCUCGGCAUCGACCACCCCGAGACGCUGACGCAGUGGCAGAACCUCUCCGUGCUCGAGCGCGCCGAGGGCAACACCGAGGCGUCGCUGCGCUGCCAGCAGCGCGUGCUGCAGCUCUACGAGCUCCUCUACGGCCCCGACCACCCGGACCUCGUCAACGUGCUCACCAACGCUGCGCUCACGCUGCAGAACGCACGCAUGUUCGAGCCGAGCCUGAAGAUCUACCUCUCGGCGCACGAGCUGGCACUCAAGCUGCACGGCCCCGACUCGAUCCACACGGCCAACCUGGCACACGAGCUGAGCCAGGCGCACACACUCUGCGGCGACCUCAAGAGCGCCCUCACGACGGAGAAGGAGGCGUGCCGCGUCUUCGAGGCGCGCCUCGGCAAGGAGGACAGCCAGACCAAGGAGUCGGAGCAGUUCCUGCAGUCGCUCACCACGUCGGCCGUGCGCUACGCCAAGAUGGAGCGCGACGCUAUCGCCAACGCCAACGCCACUGCUCGCCGCGCGCCCGCCGGCCUCGGCAACAUGGUCGGUGCUCAGCGCGCGCAGCAGCAGCCCGACGCCGCUGCCGCUGCUGCCGCUCCGGCGCCCGCCACGGCCUCGUCGCGCAACACGGUGCCGUCGUCGGGCAGCCUCGACGACCUUGUCGCCUUCAUCCACGGCGGCGGCACCGCCACGGCCUCCAAGGGCAAGGGCAAGGCGACGCCGGGCAUGAAGGGCCGGCGCAAGCACUGAGCUGGCAACAUGGCCCGCUGGACGAGGAUCUGUUCCGCUUCCGCUUUCCUCUGUGUAGCGACUUGCACUUUCCCAGGGCGACUUUCUUCAACCGCCCGAUCACGCCUCUCGCAUGCUCCCAUUUGUCCUUUCCGUGCAUCAAGGACCUCUUCAGGCAGCCCUGAAGAGCUCCGCUCACCCCUCCUCAUCUCGCCCUUAUUGCCGCGUCUACACCCCACCAACCUCACCACUCAAGCCUUCAUGCUCAAAAUGCGCCGCAGGGCGCACUGCAGCGCGCCUCGCAAUCAUACUUUGCGUCACGCCCAAUUCUCU